AUGACUUCCACCAUUCUAUACACGCACGCCAUCAUAAUCACCGUCAACGAAAAGCGAGAAAUCUACCAAGAUGGUAGUAUUCUCGUCACGGAAAAUAUCAUCAAAGAUAUUGGGGUCUCUUCCAAACUUCUCGCCAAAUACCCCAACGUCCAAGUCCACGACCUCUCAAAUCACAUCAUAAUCCCCGGCCUAAUAUCAACACAUAUGCACUGCGUACAAUCCCUCUUCCGCGGGACAGCAGACGACUGCGAUCUGAUAACCUGGAUGUGCGAUCGGAUCUGGGUCAUGCAGGGCAAUAUCUUGCCGGAAGAAGCAUACGCAGGUGCUCGUUUGUCCAUCGCGGAAAUGCUCCUUGGGGGUACGACGACAUUCCUGGAGAGUCUUUGGGCAGAACGCUAUGGCUUUGAUCAGUUGGUCAAGGCCGUGGAGGAAUCUGGGAUUCGAGGGUGCUUGGGAAAAGUCGUGAUGGAUGUCAAUCCAAAUCAGCCUGCUUUUCGGAAUAAGAUGCAUAAGGGUUUGGUGGAAGGGGGCGAAUCGUUGGAAAGUGCCAUCAAAAUGUGGGAACAGUUCGAUGGUGCUGCGGAAGGGAGGGUCAAGGUGUGGUUUGGUGCCCGAACACCCGGAGGUGUCAGCACAGCUUUCCUCACCCGAGUGUGCGCAGAAGCAAAGGCAAGAGAUAUUCAUAUUACGAUGCAUUGCCUGGAAGAAGAAAUGGACCACGAAGUUUUCCGCGAAUUUGAUAUGACACCCAUGGAAUAUUGCGACUCUAUUGGGCUCUUGUCUAAAAACACAGUAUUAAUUCACAUGUGCUGGGUGGGAGGCGAUGAUAUUUCGCGGCUGAAAAGAACGGAAACAAAUAUCGCACAUUGUCCUGCAUCCAAUAUGAAGCUUGCUUCAGGUUUCUGUCCAGUUCCACAACUUUUGAAGGAAGGUGUCAACGUUGGGAUUGGCUGCGAUGGAGCGCCAUGCAACAACAUGCUCGAUCUUUUCCAGGAGAUGAGACUGGCGGCCUUGAUCCACAAAGGAAAUACUCGAGAUCCAAAGGUAGUCUCAGCCGAAGAGGUAUUGGAGAUGGGAACUAUCAAAGGUGCAAAAGCACUCGGGCUCGACGGGGAGGGAGGUAUUGGAAGUUUAGAAAUUGGCAAGAAGGCGGAUUUUGUUGGAAUUGAGCUUAAGAAAGCGCAUCAGAUCCCAAACUAUGACCCGGUUGCUACUGUAGUAUAUGCUACAAGCGCUGGAGACGUCGAUCUUGUUAUUAUCGAUGGCAAGGUUGUCGUUGAGAAGGGCAUUUUGAAAACGAUGGAUGAGGCAAAGGUCAUGGAAGAAGGGAUCAUUGCUGGGAGAGCUGUGAUCAAACGGUCAGGAUUGGAAAAAAACAUUGUUCCGAAGUGGCCUUUAAUCAAGGAAUAG